AUGAGUUCAGAUGGAAAAUUAUAUUUUGAUAUGGAUAUGAAAAUAUUUCAAAAGAAAGUUUAUAACUUUCUUGAACGACCAAGUCGUGGUUGGAUUUGUUUUGCCUAUCAUUUUAUGGUGUUUCUUAUCGUUCUUUUCUGUUUGGUUAUUGGUGUUAUCUGUACUAUUGGUGAAUAUGAAGAAAAAAUAACACAAAAAUUUAUUUAUGUGGAAACGUUUUUAUUAGUUUUUUUUGCAUCAGAAUAUAUAAUUCGUGUUUGGUCAGCUGGUUGUCGUGCAAAAUUUAAAGGAUGGAUUGGAAGAUUUCAUUUUAUGAGAACACCAAUUAGUCUAAUUGAUCUAUUUGUUGUACUUGCUUCAUCAGUUGUUAUCGGAUUUCAUAUAUCAGGUCGAAUUGGUUCUGCAAAUCCAGUAAUGGCAGCAUCACCAGCACUUCGAAUAAUUCGUUUUUUUCAAAUCUUACGUAUGUUACAUGUUGAUCGUAAAGCACACUCAUGGAAACUUCUUCUUAAUGUUGCAUAUCUUCAUCGAAUUGAAUUAAUUACAACAAUGUAUAUGGGUUUUAUUGUACUUAUUGUUACAUCUUAUUUAGUUUAUUUGGCUGAACGAGAUUAUAUUAUUGAAGGAACAAGACCCUUUGAAUCCUAUGCUGAUGCACUUUGGUUUGGUAUUGUAACUGUUGCUACAAUUGGAUAUGGAGAUCGUGUUCCGCAUACAUGGCCGGGGCGAAUUGUUACAGCUUGUUUAUCGAUGGUUGGUAUUGCUUUUUUUAGUUUACCAGCAGGCAUUUUAGGAUCUGGUUUUGCUCUACAUGUACAACAAAAAGAAAAACAAAAAAUGUAUCAUAAACAAUAUCCGGCAGCAGCACAAUUAAUUCAAGCAGCCUGGCGUAUGCAUGCAACAAGUCGCCUUCAAAAAGAUAAUGCAACAUGGCGUCUAUAUAGAUUAGUUGAUCCUGCUUAUGCUGAAAAAAUGUUAUCAAGAUCACGUGAUAAUUCAUUUCUUCGUCGACGAACUAUUAUGCAUCAUUCUGGUGAUAGUCAAUUACCAUUCGAUAGUACACCAUUAGUAUAUAAAAAUGGAAUAGAUCAAUUACCAGAAAAAUUUAAACAAGCAAUACGAGUUAUGCGACGAAUGAAAUUUUUUGUUGCCCGUCGAAAAUUUCAAGAAGCAAGAAAACCAAGUGAUAUGACAGAACUUGUUAAACAAACUGCUGAAGAUAAUCAAGCAUUAAUGAUUAGAUUAAAAGAUAUACAACGAAAACUUGAUUCUACACUUGGUUAUGUACCAUUAUCUCGUGAUAAUACAUUAUUAACACGUACAAAUCAAAGUAAUUUUUCAACACGUUCUCGUACAAAUCGUACAACAAAUAAUCCUCGUACUGGUCAAAUAACUGUUCUUGAACAUUUACAAAUGUUUAAUGAACGUUUAACAUUAGUUGAACAACACAUGAAUUCCAUGACAAGUAUAUUACAACGUAUUGAUGAUCGAAUGAAUCAGUCAUAUAUAACUAAAUGA